AUGAAGCGCAGCGCGCUCCUUGCCUCUUUUCUUCCUCUCGCCCUGGGGUGCGACAACCCUGAGACUCACUCCUGUGCCUCUGCCUUCUCCGUCUCUUCUGCGGCGGCCGCUACCUUCUGUGCCACCUUCACGGCGAGCACCGUGACUGCCACGACUGGUGUGCCGGAUGUCUUCCUCUCCAACUGCGACUACAAGACCAAGCAUCUCUCCAGUGCCUGCAGCUGCUUGGGCACCUCUGACGGAUCAGCUCCCGCUUCCACCCCGGGUGCCCCGGCAGUCUCCGGCAGCAGCAAAGUGGGCAAGGCACCUGCUGUUGCAGCCACCCGCACCUCGGCGAUCCCUACUACUUUCCACACCACUCCAAUUCGUGUGCCCGUGUCCACCCCAGCAGCGGCGGCUGUAACUACCCAGGCUGUCGUCCCGGUGCAGAGCUCCGUGGCAGGCAAUGGCGGCACCACUUGCACGGUGACUGAGUACGCCUCAAUCUCCUCCGCCGUCGCAUCCUGCUCCAACAUCCUCCUGUCCAACAUCAACGCCCCUGCAUCGAGCACAAUUGAUCUCUCGGGCCUGCAGACUGGCGCGGCUGUCAUCUUCGCUGGUGAAACCACCUUCGGCGACACCUACGACAGCGACUUCGACCCCAUUGUCAUCUCCGGUACCGACGUGACCAUCACCGGUGAGGAGGGACAUGUCAUCAACGGUAACGGUGAAGCCUACUGGGACGGCGAGGGAUCCAACGGCGGACAGGACAAGCCUGACCACUUCAUCGUUGUCAAGGACAUGUACAACUCCAAGAUCGAGAACCUCAACAUCCUGAACUACCCCGUCCACUGCUUCGAGAUCGAAGACACCGAGUACCUCACCAUCACCGGCCUAAUCCUCAACAACACCGCCGGUGAUGCCGCCAACAGCAAGAGUGACGGCGACCCGGCCGCCCACAACACCGACGGCUUCGACAUCAAGCAGAGCGACUUCCUGACCCUGUCCAACACCUGGGUGCACAACCAGGACGACUGUGUCGCCGUCACUAGCGGUAGCUCCAUCGUCGUCGACAACCUCUACUGCUACGGUGGCCACGGUCUCUCCAUCGGCUCCAUCGGCGGCAAGAGCAACAACACAGUCAACGGCGUCACCUUCUCCAACUCCCAGGUCAUUAACAGCGAGAAUGGCUGCCGCAUCAAGUCCAACGCUGAUACCACUGGCGAGGUCUACAACGUCCGCUACGAGAACAUCACCCUGUCCGGUAUCACCGACUACGGCAUCGACGUCCAGCAGGACUACGAGAACGGUGGUGCCACCGGUGACCCGACCAACGGCGUCAAGAUCGAGAACAUCUCUUUCGUCAACGUCAAGGGUACCAUGAGCGACGGCAAGGAUUACUACAUCCUCUGCGGUGAUGGCAGCUGCUCCAACUUUGUCUUCACUGAUGUUGACAUCACCGGUGGUAGCGAUGAUAGCUGCAACUACCCCUCUUCGGGAUGUCCUUAGAUUACUGGAAUGUGGUGUGAUUGCAGAGUAAGUGAAAGGGGUUGGAGGAGGUACUGAUCUGUACAGUAUCUGUCUAUCUAUCUGUACCUCUAUUUUGAUUUCUAGUUGCUUUCCUUAGAGAUGCUGUGGAUCAGCGAAUUGGGAUAGUGGGAACCAGUUAGUGAUUAGUUGGUUUCAUUUUAAAUGGAGGGCCUCUAUC